AUGGAUGUCAAUGAAUAUCCUUAUACUGGUUUUCCAGGGGAGUCAGUGAAAUUUCACUUUGAAAGUCCUGAUAACACAAAACUUGAAGACUUCAAUUUCCCUAAAGGAAGUUUAGGAGUAUUCCACCUAGCGUUUUCUUCUAGUAAGAAGAGUGACCCUGUAGAUAAUGAGGAUUAUUCUCUAGAAUCACUUGACUUCUUCCCCUCAUCGUUUUACCAGAAAAAUUCUGCUCUUCCACAUCUUGCUAAAAAUAACAAAUUUUCAGCAUCAUUAUGUGAUAAAUUGAGUACUGUUUCAACCAGAGAAGAUGGAGAGUUGUUGGUGGAAUCUGUAGUGGGAUGUGGAAACAAGUUGGAACUAUUGACAACAGAUUGCCUAACACUUGCUGCAACCAUGGCUUCAGUGUUAACGUCUAAUAAACUUAAAGUGGCUGCACUUCUGCUGUUAGAUUUUACUGAACAAUAUGUUGAACUUCUUCUUACCAACCUUCUGGUUCAACUUUGCCCAGACAACAGGUUUAAAAAGGAUAACAAGAAUGAAUUUUAUUUGGAGAAUCUGUUCGUAUUUAACAAACAUUCUAAGAAUUUGGCGCAUUUGGAAUCGGUAUUCUUUUUAAAAGUGAAAAUGUAUUCUGAAUCAAUGAAUAUGGCAAAAGAGUUGACAACAGCGCCUCCAAACUAUGCAAAUACAGUUACUGUAUCCGAGUUUCUAAAGAAAAUGUUAUCAUCGGUUGGAUUGAAAGUCAAGGUUCUGGACUACGACGAUUGCAAGAAGCUUAAGAUGUUCUGCUACCUAUCCGUGUGCCAGGGAAGCAAGUUCCCACCCAAAUUCCUCCAUGCAGUUUAUAAGCCGGAUGGAGAAGUUAAGAAAACAUUGGCAUUUGUAGGAAAAGGGAUAACGUUUGAUGCAGGAGGAUAUAACGUCAAGAACUCAAGCACAAUGAUUCAUUACAUGAAACUUGACAUGGGAGGAUUUGCGACUGUUUUCUCAGCCGCAUACGCUUUGGGGAAACUGAAACCUAAAAACGUUGAGCUUCACUUCGUCGGAGGGUUAUGUGAAAACAUGCUUGACGCAAACUCAUACAGACCUAGUGAUGUAGUUACAGCCUCAAAUGGAAAAACAGUUGAAGUGUUGAAUACCGAUGCUGAAGGUAGAGUAACGCUUGCAGACUCAUUAUAUUAUGCUGCCAAACUGGACCCUGACUAUCUUGUUGAUUAUGCAACAUUAACUGGCGCUGCAAUGACAGCCCUUGGGGUCAAGUGUGCAGCAUUUUACUCAAAUGAUGAAGAUCUCGCAGAAUUAUACACAAACUCAGCUAGAAACUCUGGAGAACUGAUGUGGAGAAUGCCCUUGCUGAAGGAGUAUAAGGAUUACCUAAACUCGAAGGUAGCAGACUACGCAAACGUUAACUACAACGGGAAGUGCGGAUCAAUAAACGGAGCUCUGUUCCUAAAAGAGUUUGUAGAUGAUAAAAAGUGGCUCCAUGUCGACUUCGCAGGACCUGCAUUUGAUUUCAAGAAUGAGAAAGGAACUGGAUUUGGAGUACUGACCAUAGUCAAUUUCGUUCUAACAUUCACAUAA